AUGCGAAACAUCAUUGGUUAUACACGUGGAAUGGUGCUUUGCAAAAAAAUGGAAAAUCUGUUCAGAUAUUCUGAUAGCUCUACAAAAUCGAUUAUUCUGGAGAGCAUUGUUUUUGAUGUGAACACGGAAGAAGAGAUGUUGGGAGUGGUGGAAGUGUUUACAACAAGUGAUCGAUUUCCAUCAAUGGUUGAGGCUUGUAAAAAACAAAUCGAGAAGGAUUUGAAAUUCAAAGGAUUCAGUCAAUUUGGAAACACGGUGUAUGCUGAACUUUUGGACUUGAUCAGAUAUAGAAGAGGUGAUCGAGAGAAUUCGGAAGCUUUUGAGUUUAUUGAGUGGUAUAUGAGAUGUUUGGAGAAGAAUGGAAUUGAGAAAUUGGAAGAAGGGAGGAAACUUCGAAAUGAUAUUGAGAAGUGAGUUCUGAAAUUUCAUUAAUUUUCCUAGAGACCUUGGUAAUUUACAGAAUCAAGACUCAGCGAGAAAGUCGGAUCGUGAAUAUGAGAAAUCACAUUCGAGAGGUUGAAACAAAAUUUUCAGAUUUUAAAAUUGAGAUGGAAAAUUUGAAGAAAGAAAAUGCCCGACUCACAAACCAAAUACUCUCUCAAAAAUACCGAAAAUUUUUGGACAAAGACUAUGACAAUAUAAUCGAUUCACUAUGCGCAAACCUCAAUGAGUAAGUUUUUUUCUUCGCUAAUCUAACAUAACUUAAAAUAUUUUCAGACUUUGCCAUCGCUAUCCCGAAUCUCCAGAAUAUUCAGCUGCCAGAAACUAUGUUAUGGAUUUCAAUGAAACCCUUGAAGAUCUAGUGCGAAGUGUUGGAGAAGAGUUGGAGAAAAUUGAGAGGAACCCGUGGGCUGAAGUGGUUGAGUUGGAACUCGAUGAAUUUCCAAAUGACGCGUUCUUGAAUGAUUAUACCAAUUGGGUUAGGGAUAAUGGACUUCCGGAUUAUUUCCACCAAUAA